AUGUCGGCUAAGGCUGUUAGCGAACUCUCAGGAAAAGAGGUAAUUGUUUGCAAAAAAAUAUAUAUUUCUAAUGUAAUAUUUUUAGGUUCUGUACAAGUAUUUCGAGUCGACUGGCAUUGUCAGUGCGCCUCAUGCGUUUCAUGUGAAGGCCGGUGACAGUUUCGCUGACGUUUCCGCCAAGUUCGAAUGGCUUGCUCGCGACAACAAGGGAGUUAUCAAGCCGGAUCAGUUGAUCAAGCGUCGCGGAAAACUCGGUCUCGUCAAAAUCGGAACGCCAUUCGAAUUGGGCUCCUGGUUCGGAAUGGUUGCGAACACCCACGUCAAGGUCGGACAGACCGAAGGGCGGCUCCACACAUUCAUCGUUGAACCAUUCUGCGCGCACAACGAGAAGGAUGAAAUGUACAUUGCAAUAUUCAGCGAGAGGAAUCGUGACGUCGUCAUGUUCUAUGAACAUGGAGGUGUUGACAUUGGAGAUGUCGAGGAGAAGGUUAGGAUGUUCUCUCACUCCGUACUUAUUUGUAAUUAUAUUUCAGGCGAGAUCUGUCCACGUCCCCGUUCAACUGGAUGACAAUCAGAUGUCCAUCACAGAGCAAGAGCUCGACACUCUUCUCGGACCUUGCAAAGACAAGAUCACCGUUAGAAAAUUCGUGACGCGUUUGUACGAGGCAUACAAGGCUCUUCACUUCACUUAUCUCGAAAUCAACCCAUUCGUUCUCGUCGAUAACAAAAUUCACGUGCUUGAUUUGGCCGCUAAACUCGAUGAGACUGCCAACUUUUUGUGCGCCGACAAGUGGAAAAGCAGAUCCGCUAACUCUCGCACCGCUCGUUGCAUCGAGUUCCCGGCUCCAUUCGGCCGUGAUCUUACCCCCGAGGAACAGUUUAUCUCGGAUAUGGAUGCGAAGACUGGCGCUUCUCUCAAGCUCACAAUUCUCAAUAGACAGGGACGAGUCUGGACGAUGGUUGCCGGUGGAGGAGCUUCUGUUGUCUUCACGGACACUGUCUGUGAUCUCGGAGGAGCAUCAGAGCUCGCCAAUUAUGGAGAGUAUUCUGGAGAUCCGUCGGAGUCGCAGACCUACGAGUACGCCAAGACUAUUUUAUCGAUUAUGACGGAAGGAACUCCUCGCCCAGAUGGAAAGGUUCUCAUCAUUGGCGGAUCAAUUGCUAACUUCACGAACGUUGCAAAAACGUUCGGGGGCAUCGUGCGGGCUUUCGAGACUUUUAUUGACAAACUCAAGGAGCACAAGGUAUCGAUCUACGUGCGACGUGGAGGACCGAACUACCAAGAAGGGCUCCGACGUGUUAAGGAUGCCGCCACGAAGCUUGAAAUCCCAAUCCACGUGUUCGGACCAGAAACUCACAUGACCGCCAUUGUCGGUGCUGCUUUGGGACUCAAACCGAUGCCAGUAGUGCCAACGGCUCCACAGACAACUGGGCAAUUCCUGUUGAGCCCAGAGAGAAAUGUAAGGGCAUCAAUUUUCCUUUUUAAAAAAAUAUUUCAACUUUCAGACGGCUGGAACUGAACGCCCACCAGCUUCACCUGCUGCCACGGUCCCAUCCGUUGAGUUCCCAAGUUCUUCUCUUCUUCAAAAGAAGCAUCCAGGAUUCCAAAGUAUUUUCGACAAAGACACAAAGGCUAUUAUUUGGGGCCAGCAAGUGAAGGCCAUUCAAGGAAUGCUCGACUUCGACUACGUGUGCCGCAGAGCGUCCCCAUCAGUUGUCGCCUCGACCUAUCCAUUUACUGGUGACAACAAGCAGAAGUACUACUUUGGACAAAAGGAAAUUCUCAUUCCUGCCUACAAGUCGAUGGCAAAGGCCUUUGCCACUCACCCAGACGCCACUGUUAUGGUGACAUUCGCUUCGAUGCGAUCAGUAUUCGAGACUGUUCUGGAGGCUUUAGAGUUCCCACAAAUCAGAGUCAUUGCAAUCAUUGCUGAAGGAGUUCCUGAGAAUCAGACAAGAAAGCUUCUCAAGGUAGCUGAGACUAAGGGAGUCACUCUCAUCGGGCCUGCCACUGUCGGAGGAAUCAAGCCAGGAUGCUUCAAGAUUGGAAACACUGGAGGAAUGAUGGACAACAUUCUCGCGUCGAAGCUCUAUCGUCCGGGAAGUGUCGCCUACGUUUCUCGUUCCGGGGGAAUGUCGAAUGAGCUCAACAACAUCAUCUCGCAAAAUACGAAUGGAGUCUACGAGGGUGUUGCCAUCGGAGGAGAUCGUUACCCUGGCAGCACUUACACUGAUCACGUCAUGAGAUACCAGCUAGACGACAACGUCAAAAUUAUUGUGUUGCUCGGAGAAGUGGGCGGUGUGGAGGAAUACCGAAUCGUGGAGCUUCUAAAGAAAAAGAAGAUUACGAAGCCACUUAUCGCCUGGUGCAUCGGAACUUGUGCCGAUCACAUCACUUCGGAGGUUCAGUUCGGACAUGCUGGUGCCUCUGCCAAUGGACAAGGAGAAACCGCUGCAUGCAAGAACACUGCGCUUCGUGCUGCUGGAGCCUUGGUUCCUGAUUCAUUCGACGAUCUUGGCAACAAGAUUCGAAGCACAUACGAGGAGCUUCUCCGCCUUCAAAUUAUCGUUCCGCAGCCCGAGAUCCCGCCACCAGCUGUGCCGAUGGACUACGCUUGGGCCCGUGAGCUUGGAUUGAUCCGCAAGCCGGCUUCCUUCAUGACCUCAAUUUGCGAUGAACGUGGUGAAGAGCUCAAUUACGCUGGUGUUCCGAUCACCAAAGUUUUGGAGUCUGACAUGGGAAUUGGCGGCGUUUUAGGGCUUCUCUGGUUCCAGGUAACCUUUAUAAAGUACUUUUUUCAUUUAAACAUUGUUUUAGAAGCGUCUUCCUCCCCACGCGAACAAGUUCAUCGAGAUCUGUCUGAUGCUCACUGCUGAUCAUGGGCCGGCUGUUUCCGGUGCCCACAACACCAUUGUCUGUGCUCGUGCCGGAAAAGAUCUGAUCUCUUCUCUUACUUCCGGACUUCUCACUAUCGGUGACCGCUUUGGAGGUGCUCUUGAUGGAGCAGCUCGUCAGUUUUCGGAAGCCUUCGAUCAAGGAUGGUCUCCAAUGCAGUUUGUCGGAGAGAUGCGCAAGCGCGGAACCCACAUUAUGGGAAUCGGACAUCGUGUCAAAAGCGUAAGUCAUUUAAGGAUCGAAUGAAAAUUGUCAACUUUUGGCUUUUAGGUCAACAACCCGGACAAACGCGUUGAGAUUCUGAAGCGGUUUGCUCUGAACAAGAAAGAGUUUGCACAGGAGACGCCGCUGUUCGAUUACGCUCUCGAAGUGGAGAAAAUCACGACCGCGAAGAAGCCAAACCUGAUUCUGAACGUCGACGGAGCCAUCGCCAUCAUCUUUGUCGAUAUCCUCCGUCACAGUGGCAUGUUCACUGCCGCCGAGGCGCAGGAGGCCAUUGAGAUCGGAGCUCUCAACGGAAUGUUUGUGCUUGGCCGCUCAAUCGGUUUCAUCGGCCACUAUUUGGAUCAGUCGCGGCUGAAGCAAGGACUAUAUCGCCACCCGUGGGACGAUAUCUCGUACAUAAUGCCGGAGAGAAACUUGUAA